UGACAAUAUGCCAAGUCGUUACAUUCAUCUGUGGACUAGUAGACUGUCUAUUGGGGAAAGGUCAUCCAAGGAAACGCCGACCGUGUUAUGUCUGUCAUAUCCAAAAACACGAUAAUUAUUCGAAACUUUUAUACUCACUUGAAAAACAUCAGACUUGCAGCAUAUGGUUUCACGUUACGCAAGCACGAUGCGUUGAACUCCCUGUCGAUUGCUUUCAAUCGAACCAACAGAACACAAGGCUUUAUGUUGGUUCCUCUUGGAAAGCAAACGCUACAGCCUUUAUCUAGUCAGGCUUCUAAAGUGGAAAAUAUGCAAAAAAUUCCUUUCCCGCUAGCUGAUAUUGGAGAAGGUAUAACAGAAGUUGAAAUACUUCGUUGGUUUGUAAAAGAUGGACAACAAGUAAAGCAAUUCGACAAAAUUUGUGAGGUACAAAGUGACAAGGCAACGGUAGAAAUAACUAGUAGAUACGAUGGAGUAGUGAGAGAUGUUCAGUACAAAGAAGGAGAUAUUGCAAAGGUUGGAAAACCAUUGUGCUUCAUUGAAAGUAUUGCUGCAGAAACUAUGAGGCAUGUCCCGGAGACUAUCGAAAUGAGUCCACUAGCAAAUAUAGAGAAAGACAAGGAAAAUGCGGAAGUAAUGAGAGAUUUUGAGAAAGUUCUAGCCACACCAGCUGUUAGAAGAAUAGCAAGAGAACACAAGAUUGAUCUUUCCAAAGUUCCAGGAAGUGGCAGUAAUGGUCGUGUCUUGAAAGAAGAUAUUUUAGCUUACAUUGAAAAGCAACAAGUACCGUUAAAAGAAGAAUCUAGCUCUGGUGUUUCUUCUCAGGAAGAACAACGACGAAUAGAACCCAUUCGAGGUCUUCGAAGAGCAAUGACCAAAACAAUGACUGCCUCGCUAUCAGUGCCUCAACUGACUCUGGGUGAAGAAGUUGUCAUGGAUCGACUCAUAGAUAUUCGAAGUGGAUUAAAAUCAACUGCAGAGAAAUUGGGUGUUCGUCUUACGUAUAUGCCAUUCUUCAUCAAAGCAACUUCAUAUUGUUUGAGUCGUUUUCCUAUCUUAAAUUCAAGUGUGGACGCAAAUUGUGAAAAUAUUAUUUAUCAUCGUCAUCACAAUAUUUCCAUUGCAAUGGAUACUCCUGUGGGUCUUACGGUCCCGAAUAUCAAAUAUGUAGAUCAAAAGUCCAUUCUAGAAGUAGCAAAGGACUUGCAAGUAUUAAUGGACUUGGCAGAAGCUGGACGUCUUGGUGAAGAGCAACUAAAGGAUGGUACUUUUAGUAUUUCCAACGUAGGAGUUAUUAGUGGGACAUAUACAGCUCCCGUAGUAUUCGUUCCGCAAGUUGCCAUUGGAGCAUUUGGAAGAACAAGAAUGAUACCUGUAGUGGAUUCGAAUGGACAUGUCAAAACUGCUCAUGUUAUUACUGUUUCGUGGUCAGCUGACCAUAGAAUCAUAGACGGUGCAACUAUUGCAAGGUUUUCUAAACUGUGGAAAUCCUGCAUUGAAGAACCCGAACAACUGUUAUUAUACUUUAAAUAAAUUGCAUUAGAGUCGUCACAGAAGCCUAUUGUAUGCGAUAGAGUUGAUUCUGCUUCGUAUGUUAUGCGUUAUCAUAUACUGAAUCAUGUAGAAACAGAUGCUGUUGUCUUAGAUUUUUUAAAAAUGUA